AAAACUUCCCAUAAACACAACACACACACACAAGAAUUUAAAAAAAAUCCACAAAAUUCCAACAACUGAAAAACCAAUAAAAACUUCUGAGAAACACAACCCAACCGAUAAAAGCAUCCAACAAGUCCUCUGGUCAAAUGGCAGAAACGCAGAUCUCCCCAUUCUUUAAAUACUAAACAAGGAGAAAACACAACAGAAGCCCAAAUGCUUCGCCACUACAACACAGGAUCAGAAGACAGACACAAUAAAAUUAUCUCCUCCGACCUCUAAAUUUUACCUUUGCCAAAUACAGUCCCCGAACGGUUUCAUUCUGACAUCCUCUGCCGAAAAAUAGCUCUGAACAUUUUAAUUCUUUUUCUCCACAAUCAAACAUAGCCCUGAACUUUAUAAUUCUUUAUCUGUUCUGCCAAAUAUAGCCACCCACUGAUUUUCUUUUUCUUGUUUACGCCUUGGGCAAAUUUUAAGCCUCUUGUUCACCAGAUCCAUGUGAUCGCCCGCCAACUGCAAUGGCGGGGCCUUCGUCUUCCUCCUUUCCCUACAGACAACCUGCACAGCAACAGAGCGCGCUGGCGUCAAAAAUUCUGCUGCUUUUGACAGUGCUCCCGCUGAGUUUAGCGCUGUUUGCCUUUGCACUGCAGUGGAGGGGAGAGAUCAACGAUCCCGUCAAUCGAUGGGCAGGAGAUAGCGGGAAAUUUCCUGGUAUGAGCGGCACAAAUUCGCCAAGCAACGGGCAUUCUGUUACAGGGUCUGACUGUAGUACGGAUUACUUGGCACGCAGCAGAGCCCCGGGGUUUCCGUACUACAAGGGCUGGACCUUCGAAUUUACUGCAGAUUCGCGCCCUAAGAUAUGUAUAACGACAAGUACUUCAGCAGGGCUUGACCAGAUUCUUCCUUGGAUAUAUUACCACAAAAUAAUUGGUGUAACCAAUUUCUUUUUAUUUGUGGAGGGAAAGGCAGCCACUUCUAAUACAUCAGCUGUUUUGGAUAGCAUACCGGGAGUAAAAAUUGUGCAUCGAACGAAAAAGUUAGAGGAAGAGCAGGCUAAAAGUCGAAUUUGGAACGAGACAUGGCUUUCAAGCUUUUUCUAUCGGCCAUGCAAUUAUGAACUCUUUGUGAAACAAUCACUUAAUAUGGAGAUGGCAAUUGUAAUGGCAAGGGAAGCUAACAUGGACUGGAUUAUCCAUCUUGACACUGAUGAACUGCUUCAUCCAGCUGGUGCCAAGGAGUACUCAUUGAGACAGUUGCUGUUGGAUGUUCCAGAUGAUGUUGAUAUGGCGGUCUUCCCAAAUUAUGAAAGUGCCAUUGAGCGGGAUGAUAUAAAGGAGCCAUUUAGUGAGGUAUCUAUGUUUAAGAAGAAUUAUGAUCAUGUUACAAAGGAGACAUAUUUUGGCCUAUAUAAGGAGGCAACUCGUGGCAAUCCAAAUUACUUUUUAACAUAUGGCAAUGGAAAGGCUGCUGCACGAGUUCAAGAUCACCUUCGUCCUAAUGGUGCACAUCGUUGGCACAAUUACAUGAAAACACCUAAUGAGAUCAAACUGGAAGAAGCAGCAGUAUUACACUACACUUACACAAAAUUCAGUGACCUGACUUCUAGAAGAGAUCGUUGUGGUUGCAAGCCUACAAAAGAGGAUGUUAAGAGAUGUUUCAUGCUGGAAUUUGAUCGUUCUGCAUUCAUAAUUGCAUCAACUGCAACUGAGGAUGAAAUGCGCCGCUGGUACCGUGAACGCAUAGUGUGGACUGACAAGGACCUGAAUUUGAAGCUUAUGAGGAAGGGUCUAUUGACACGUAUAUAUGCGCCAAUGGUGAUAGUCCAAGGUUUGAGGGAGUCUGGCAUUUUCACGAACGCUCUGACCUCUGGGCAUUCUCUUCUUGAGAAAUCAAUGUCAAAAGAGCAGUUCCUGUCAUCUAUUUCCAAUUCAAGCACAACCAAUUCUUCUAUGGCUUCAGUUUCUAAUCAUUCAAGUGAUGACAAACAUAAAGUGAAAUUGGGUAAAGCAGGGCAAGGCGAGUCCCAGGCAGCAUCAAGAAAGAUCCUAGAAACUUCAGAUGACUCUUUUGCAGCAGUUCCUCCAAUGGCUCCUCCAUCUUUAGAUGCUUACACAGAGGACUUGUCAAAAAUGUGAAAACAUGAUGUUUGAUAUUUUCAUCAAUUAAUUUAAAGCAUCUUUAAAAGGAGAUAGUAACAAGCAAGAAGCUGAUGCCCAAGAUUGUUUUUUUCCAUGCUUUUUCGAAUAGUGGAUGUACAAACAGUUUUGUAAGUGCCAGUUACAGAGCUGAGGAUGAAGAGAAAGAUAUUUUUACAUGAUUUUAAUCUCAGAAAUGGUGCUUAGGCACCUUCCAUAAAGCUUGCUUUCAGUUUCCUUGUCUUGAUGGAGAAACAAGCUCUUUACGAGUAUUUUUUGAAGGUCAUUCUGGUUGCAGUCUGAAUCCAGGUCAUCUAAAUUGAGUGGAAACAUUCCCGAUCAUUACCCAAGCGCAGCUGUAAAAUUAUUUUAAAUGUUUUACAAUGGACAAUGUACACCGUAGAUUAAGAUUGCAGUCAUUUGACUCCAAUGGUAUAUUUGGUUCAGAUUUUUGUCA